UUUAAAUAUUAAUCCAUUUCAUUAGUAACGUGCUAUUUAUUUACGUCUCUUGUAAAACCUUCAGUAAUUGGUAAACAAGCUUAAGGAACAAAUAUUUUAAGUUAUAAGCAAUUGUAAACAUUGAAACUGUUUUAUAUAAUGUCAUGUUCAACUAUAUAUUGUGAUAUUGUUAAUGUUGGAAACAUUGGUCAACAGCCACUUGUUGAUAUUUUGGCAAAUGUUUCGGCACUGUCCCGUGUGUCAGUUGGAGCUUAUCAGGUAUUUUCGGAAGUAAAAGCAACUCUGACUGCUGAAGUAAUCAAAAUGUUACCAAUGGACAUACGAGACAUUCUGCAGAAGUAUUCUAUAUCAGCAAAACUUGGAAUUGAGUUAGAGAACGGAAGUACUCAUCAUUCCCUUUACGGAAACUUAGAAGACAUUAUUGAAGCUUAUAGCAAAUUACAAUAUUAUCUUUCUGAAAAUACAAAAUAUUUCAACAAUGAAAGCACUACGAUGAAUGAUCUCAAUAUUUUAAUAAAUAAAAAUACAGAUGGUAUUGAUGUAUCAAAACAAACUUCCGAUGUUUUGAACUUCAGACAAGAAAAAGAAAAAUCAAAUACUCAAAAAUCAAUGUACAGAUUUAAGAAAACAAAUUUAAAGCAAUGCUCAAAAAUGAAUGACAAUCAGGCAAGUAGUGUAUAUCAAACUGAGCAAGACUUAAAUGAUAAUUUAAAUUCUAGAGCUUCCAGGACUAUUAAUAAUGAAGAGAACAACACUUCAGAAACAUUAAAUAUGGAAAAUAAAAAGAAGAAUUAUGAGAAAUCCUCACCAUAUAAAUAUUUCUGUGAUUUGUGUUCUUUCAAAACAAAGCGAAGCAGUCAUUUUGCCAAGCAUAGUGCAAUUCAUAAAAAGGUUUCAUCGUUGUAUAAAUGCAACAAAUGUCCCUUUACCACAAUAAGAUUGGGACAUCUAAGAAGACAUCAGACCUUUCAUAGUACUUUCGUUCACAGAUGCAAGCAGUGCAGAUAUCAGACUGAUAAUGCUAAGUUUCUGAUGCGGCAUGUCAGACAAAGACACAAUAGAUAUGAAGAGAGAAAACAAGCAGAGGUGUGGGAAUGUUCACACUGUCCAUAUAAAACAUCUCGACAAUAUUACUUUGAUCGUCAUCAGCAGACGCAUAAGGUAAAGGAUCUUUUGUCACCUUUACAUAGAUGUGAUAAAUGUUGCUACAGCACCAAAAGAAAAGAGCAUUAUAUUCGUCAUAUGAAUAAUGUUCAUGGUAAUCAAAGACCAUAUUUAUGUCAUCUGUGUGGAAAAGCUUUUAAACGAGGAGAUGCACUGCGUCAGCAUCAUAUCACGCAUUCCGACAAUGAAAAGCAGGUAGAUACUAACAUAAAAUGUGACAUUUGUGAGAAAGUAUUUCGUUCCCAUUCUCAUUUAUACGAGCACAGGGCAGUACACUCCACCACUCGUUCUUUUUUGUGUGAAAUAUGUGGUGCAUCUUUUAAAACUCGUUCCGUGCAGAGAAAGCACGUGUUGUCCAUACACAAAAAUCCUCGAGCAUUUUCUUGUCACAUAUGUGACAAAAGAUUUAACACUCAAUAUGCCAUGAAACGUCAUCAGAAGAUUCACAUAGACAGGACUGUCAAAGAAAAGGAAGGUUCGGCAGAUGCAAAUGUAGAUGAUACUACUACAGUUGUAGCUCUAACAAGUGUAGCAAAUGAUGCCUCAUCUACAUUGACAGCCACCACGGAAUAUAUUGCUGCAGGAUUCGAUCCAACAGCAACGAGCACUUUGGGACACGUACCAGAAACAGCCACUGCACUGUUAUAUCUGACCAGUGAUACAGGUCAGUACUAAUUGUUAAAUAAUGAAAAGAAACAUCUAUUUUGAUUCUAUUGGAAGUUGAUUAUAUAUUAAAUUAGAUUUGUAUGAAUUGAUAAUUCUUGUGGAUUGGGAUAGUAAAAUUAUUAUUAGAAACAGUA